GUGUCCCUGACUAUGAGGGGAUUGGGGUCCCAGGGGGCUUCUGGCCAUCAUGAGAAUGGAUGCGUUAACACCAGGGGCCUUGUCAGGACCUUCCCUGUAGGAUACCCUCCAGGUCUGAGUUCUCAGGCUCUACGACAUGAUGAGGCAAGACUUUUCUCCCUUUCCUUACUCAGUGAUGCUAAGUGGAUUCUGGGAGCCAGUGAUUCUCAGAUUCUUAGAUUCUGUGAAUUGUGGUGGUGGGGGGUAGAAACGGACUCCCUGCAUUUUUCUCCAUGAAAUAACUUUUUCACCCUCUGUGGGAAGACGGGAUGCAGAGCUCCCCCUCCCUGGGCAGUAAGAGCAGUGCUGACCAUAUCAAUUCUCCCUAAGGAGAAACUGAGGCAUAGAGCAAAGCAAAGCUUCUGGAAACCCAGUCCUAUUCAGUUUCUUUCCCUGGUGUUUCCCGUUCCAUCACACACACAGAGUGAUGUCUCUACCUGCUUGGGACGCCUCUGUGAUUUAUUUGAGUUUUUUUCCCUUGUUUUUUUUUUUUCUAACUCUACACACUUUUGUUUAAAAAACUGUGGUUUCUCAUGAGCCCUGUUAUCUCAUUGAUACCUCUCACCUCUGUGGUGAGGGGAAGAAAUCAUAUUUUCAGAUGACUCGUAAAGGGCAAAGAAAAAACCCAAAAUUUCAAAAUUUCCGUUUAAGUCUCAUAAUCAAGAAGAGGAGAAACAGAGUGAGUGAGAGAGAGAGAGAGCAAGAGAGAGAAAAAACUAUGAGAACCCCCCCACCCUGUGAUUAUCAGCACACAUACUCAUCGAAAAAAAAAUUGGAUUAUUAGAAGAGAGAGGUCUGUGGCUUCCACACCGUGGUUUUUCUUCUCGGUAUAAAAGCAAAGUUGUUUUUGAUAUGCGACAGUUUCCCACAAGCCUGGCUGAUCCUUUUCUGUGAGUCCACUUCAAGAAGCCUGCCCUUGGACAAGGACCCAAUGCCCAACCCCAGGCCAGCCAAGCCCUCGGCCCCUUCCUUGGCACUUGGCCCAUCCCCAGGAGCCUCACCCAGCUGGAGGGCUGGACCCAAGACUUCAGACCCGCUGGGGGCCAAGGGCCCAGGGGCAACCUUCCAGGGCCGGGACCUCCGAGGCGGGGCCCAUGCCUCCUCCUCUUUGAACCCCAUGCCACCAUCGCAGCUGCAGCUGCCUACAGUGCCCCUAGUCAUGGUGGCACCCUCUGGGACACGGCUGGGCCCCUCGCCCCACUUGCAGGCACUCCUCCAGGACAGGCCACACUUCAUGCACCAGCUCUCAACGGUGGAUACCCACGCUCGGACCCCCGUGCUGCAGGUGCGCCCACUGGACAGCCCAGCUAUGAUCAGCCUCCCGCCACCCACUGCUGCCACUGGUGUCUUCUCCCUCAAGGCCCGGCCCGGCCUGCCACCUGGAAUCAACGUGGCCAGCCUGGAAUGGGUGUCCAGGGAGCCAGCACUGCUCUGCACCUUCCCAAGCCCCAGCACACCCCGGAAAGACAGCACCCUUUCAACCGUGCCCCAGGGCUCCUAUUCACUGCUGGCAAAUGGUGUCUGCAAGUGGCCUGGAUGUGAGAAGGUCUUCGAGGAGCCAGAGGAUUUCCUCAAGCACUGCCAGGCGGACCAUCUCCUGGAUGAGAAGGGCAGGGCACAGUGUCUCCUCCAGAGGGAAGUGGUGCAGUCUCUGGAACAGCAGCUGGUGCUGGAGAAGGAGAAGCUGGGUGCUAUGCAGGCCCACCUGGCUGGGAAGAUGGCUCUGACCAAAGCUCCAUCCACGGCGUCAUCCGACAAGGGCUCCUGCUGCAUCAUGGCCACUGGCACCUCAGCCGCCACUGGCCCAGCCUGGCCCAGCCCCCAGGAGGCCCCUGACGGCCUGUUUGCUGUGCGGAGGCACCUCUGGGGCAGCCAUGGAAAUAGCACAUUCCCAGAAUUCUUCCACAACAUGGAUUACUUCAAGUUCCACGACAUGCGGCCACCCUUCACCUACGCCACCCUCAUCCGCUGGGUAAGCAGGCAGCACAGACCAUGGAGAAGGAAAAGAAACAGGGGGUGGGGACCAGCCUCCCACAGUCCCAGCCUUCCUCUUGAGUGCCCCCAGUACAGGCUCCUGCACAAACAAACCCAUGUCUCAGAUGCGACCCCCCCACACUGGCUUCACCCCAGACCUGCCCCGAGCCCAAACCUAACCACUACCCAGGCAAGAUUCAGGCCCUUGACCCACCCCUUCCCUUAUGCCCAUCUCAACCCCAUACUUAACCCCCUCCUGGACCUGUAAAAUAGUCCCCAAACCAACCUGAUCUUUGCCCCUGGCCAUAAACCCACCCCAGAUAUUAUCCUAACUCCUUCCCCAGCCCUCACAUAUCCCAAUGUGCCCACAUAUCCCCCAGCUGGACCCUGCCUCUGACCACUUCCUUGUGACACCUGUCUGACCCUUGUCCUCAUCCCAUCCCAACCCCUUCAUCUGAAUCUCCCUAAUGCCUUCCCAGAACUUUCAUCAGAGCCUGCCUAGACCUUCAUCCUAGGCCCACACCUAAUCCCUACACAACAUCACACAUUCCCCUACCUAUCCCUAGCCCCAUCCUGACAUCCUGACCCAGAACCUCACUGGAGCCAUCAUCUCUGACCCUUAAACCCAUUCCUAAAUCCAAACAAAUCAAGCUCCCACAGUUCUACCCAUGUCAGACACUGCCACCCUCAGCCCAACUAUGAGGGAGUGUCUCC